AUGACAUCAUUUAUUCCUGAUUCAAACAUUUCUAUACCUAAUAUAACAGGAUCUACUCUUAUCAUUCCAUCAAUUUCCAUUGGGAAUAUUCCACAAUUAUCAAUUGAUUUAUUAAUACAUACAUUAAACUUUAUCAAAAUAGGUACACUUGAUGAUGUUUAUUUAUAUCCAUUUGCUUCACCUAUAGAUUAUUGCAAAACUUCAAAGAAAGGAAUUUCUCAUUCAAUUGAAAUAUUUUAUAAUGAAGAAUUAAAUUUAACUUUAAUUCAACAAAGAUCACCAAUUUUACCAAGUUAUAUAACAAGUUAUGUUUCUGAAAUAAUUAUUCCAUUUAUAAAAUUUUUCACAUUUAAAAAAAUUGUUAUUUUAGAUAGUCUGGAUGCUGGAUUAUUUGAACAUGUAAAUGCUGGAGAUAUUGAAAUUUAUAAUAGUGAAUCAUUAUUAAGUAAAUCAUUAGAAUCUUUGAAAUUAAAUAAUGAAAAAUUGCUUGAUGAACAAAUUGAUCAACAUUCAAAUUAUGUUAAAUAUUUACUUCAAGAAUUGAAUUUACCAAGAAAUGAAAGUUCUAAAAAUAAUGAAUUGAAUGAUAUUGAUGUAAAUGUACUUGUUAGUUUUGUAUAUGAAGGGGAUAAUUUUUAUGAUGGAGAAAAAUUGGCUUUUAAAUUAAGUGAUUUCUUAAAUAUUAACAAGAAAAUUGAUCAUUGGGUUAGACCAGUUAGUUGGUUUGGUGCUUAUGGUGAUAAGCCAAUUCCUAAUGCAAUGGAAGAAGGUCUCUUUGGUUAG